UCUACCUAGACAACACCUCACCUCCCACCAUGAGCCUCAACAUCCAGUGUGAGCAGCUGAGUGAUGCCAGGUGGACAGAGCUCCUGCCCCUGAUCCAGCAGUACCAAGUGGUCAGGCUGGACGACUGUGGCCUCACGGAGGUGCGCUGCAAGGAUAUCAGCUCCGCGAUCCGGGCCAACCCCACCCUCACUGAGCUCAGCCUGCGCACCAAUGAGCUGGGCGACGCAGGCGUGCACCUGGUGCUGCAGGGCCUGCAGAGCCCCACCUGCAAGAUCCAGAAGCUGAGCCUCCAGAACUGCUGCCUGACGGAGGCUGGCUGUGGGGUCCUGCCUGGUGUGUUGCGCUCUGUGCCCACCCUGCGUGAGCUGCACCUCAACGACAACCCCUUGGGGGAUGCGGGCCUGCGGCUCCUCUGCGAGGGACUUCUAGACCCCCAGUGCCACCUGGAGAAGCUGCAGUUGGAGUACUGCAACCUCACGGCUGCCAGCUGCGAGCCCCUGGCCGCGGUGCUUAGGGCCAAACCAGACUUCAAGGAGCUGGUGGUGAGCAACAACCCCUUGGGUGAGGCCGGCGUGCGCGUGCUGUGCCAGGGCCUCGCGGACUCUGCCUGCCUGCUGGAGACGCUCAGGCUGGAGAGCUGUGGUGUCACCGCGGCCAACUGCAGGGACCUGUGCGGUGUCGUGGCCUCCAAGGCCUCGCUGAGGCAGCUGGAGCUGGGCGACAACAAGCUGGGUGACGCGGGCGUGGCAGAGCUGUGCCCGGCGCUGCUGCACCCCAGCUGCAGACUCAGGACCCUAUGGCUCUGGGAGUGCGACGUCACCGUCAAGGGCUGCAGGGACCUGUGCCGGGUGCUGAGCACCAAGGAGAGCCUGAAGGAGCUCAGCCUGGCGGGCAACGAGCUGGGCGACGAGGGCGCCCGGCUGCUGUGCGAGAGGCUGGGCAGUGGAGCCGGGGAUUGGGUGAAGACCUGCAGCCUGACGGCCGCCUGCUGUCCCCACUUCAGCGCGGUGCUGGCGCAGAGCAGGUGUCUGCUGGAGCUGCAGCUGAGCAGCAACAAGCUGGGCGAUGCGGGCGUGCGCGAGCUCUGCCAGGGCCUGGGCCAGCCCGGCUGCGUGCUGCGCGUUCUCUGGCUGGGGGACUGUGAUGUGACCGAUGGAGGCUGCAGCAGUCUUGCCUCAGUCCUGCUGGCCAGCCGUAGCCUGCGCGAGCUGGACCUCAGCAACAACUGCAUGGGGGACCCAGGCGUCCUGCGGCUGGUGGAGAGUGUCAGGCAACCCACCUGUGUCCUGGAACAGCUGGUCCUGUACGACAUUUACUGGACUGAGGAGAUGGAGGACCGACUGCGGGCCCUGGAGAAGGACAAGCCAUCCCUGAGGGUCAUCUCCUGAGGCACCUCCCUGCCCACCAGCCUCCGGACACCUGCUCUCCCUGGACAGCUCCAACCUUAAUCCACCCCCAUAGGGGCUGGCCAGCUCCCUGGGGUCUCUUUCGGUGUCCUAGCUUUGACUGAAGAGAAAUGCUGAGAUCGACUUAUUUCUGUGAGAAAAUUUUAGACACUUUAUAAUCAUUAAAGCACUUUUUUGGCAG